CCUCCGCCGCCUCCCGAUGGGCUCCACGGCAGCUUGACGCUGCUGAGGUGAGGAGGAGGAGAGCGGAGCUCCGCCAGCGGACCAGGGGAGAGCGAGCGAGCGAGGCGAGGAACCCCAGCAGCCCCAGGAGAGCGAGAGCCGGACCGGCUGGACCCCCGGAGGAGGACCCGAGAGGGAACAGAGUUGCCACGGGAGAGGCCUCAGUCCAGGGCUGCAGGAUGUUCACGUCAGUGAAGGCCUUCGAGGGGCAGCAGUACUCCACCCUGAAGAGGCAGUGCUUGCAGAGUGGCCUCCUCUUUGAGGACCCCCGUUUCCCCGCCACUGACGACUCGCUGUUCUACCAGGGCAACAGGAUUGGACGCGUGGUGUGGAAGAGACCUCGGGAGCUGUGUGAGGACCCUCACCUAUUUGUCGAUGGCAUCAGUGCGCACGAUUUGCACCAGGGACAGCUCGGUAACUGCUGGUUCGUGGCGGCGUGUUCCAGUUUGGCCUCCAGAGAGUCACUGUGGCAAAAAGUCAUUCCAGACUGGAAGGAGCAGGAGUGGGAUACGGAGAAGCCAGGCUCGUACGCAGGGAUUUUCCACUUCCGCUUCUGGCGCUUUGGUGAGUGGGUGGAUGUGGUGAUUGACGACCGGUUACCAACGGUGGACAACCAGCUGGUGUACUGCCACUCCAACGACAGCAAUGAGUUCUGGAGUGCCCUUGUGGAGAAGGCCUACGCCAAGGUUUACGGCUGCUACGAGGCUCUGGACGGAGGGAACACGGCCGACGCACUGGUCGACUUCACCGGCGGCGUCUCGGAGCCCGUGGACCUGCUGGAGGGUCAGAUGGCCACGGACGAAGCCGCCCGCAACCAACUGUUUGAACGAGUUCUCAAAGUACACAACAGAGAUGGACUCAUCAGCUGCUCCAUCAGGGCGACGACAAUAGAGGACAUGGAGGCUCGGCUGGACUGCGGCCUGGUGAAAGGCCACGCUUACGCCGUAACAGACGUACGGAAAGUGAGGCUAGGUCACGGACUGCUUGCCUUUUUCAAAUCAGAGAAGCUGCACAUGAUCCGCAUGCGGAACCCGUGGGGGGAGAAGGAGUGGAGCGGCCCCUGGAGCGACAGUUCCGAGGAGUGGAACAAGGUGAGCAAGAGCGAGAGAGAGAAGCUGGGCGUCACCGUGCAGGACGACGGCGAGUUCUGGAUGACGUUUGACGACUUCUGCCAGUACUUCACCGACCUCAUCCUGUGUCGCCUCAUUAACACGUCCUACCUGAGCAUCCACAAAACCUGGGAGGAGGAGGUGAUGAGGGGAUCCUGGGUCCACCGGCAGGAUCCUCUCCGCAACCGGUCGGGCGGUUGCAUCAAUCACAAAGCCACCUUCCUGCAGAACCCUCAGUACGUGUUUGAUGUGAAGAAGGUGGAGGACGAGGUGUUGAUCUGCUUGCAGCAAAAAGAAAAGAGAGCCACACCCAAAGAGGGCAAAGGGGAAAACCUGGCUAUCGGCUUUGAUAUUCACCGGGUGGAGCUAAAUCGGAAGUACCGUAUGCACUCAGCCCAGCAGAAAGUAGCGGGCUCCAUCUACAUCAACUCGCGCUGCGUCUUCCUCAGGAAGGAGCUGAAGGAGGGCCGCUACGUCAUCAUCCCCACAACCUUUGACCCGGCGCAGCAGGGCGACUUCCUGCUGCGUGUUUUUACUGAUGUGCCUUCAGACUGCAAAGAGCUGACUCUAGACGAGCCUCCUCAGACAUGUUGGACAGGGAUGUGUGGCUACCCUCAGCUGGUCACUCAGGUCCAUGUACUGAACGCUGAGGGUCUGCAGGGACAGGACUCCAACGGAGCUGUCAAUCCCUACGUGAUCAUCACCUGUGAAGGAGAGAGGGUUCGUUCGCCAGUUUAUAAGGACACGCGGUGCCCAAGCUUCGACAUCAAAGGCCUGUUUUAUCGCAAGAAACCCAAAGAGGGCAUCCACAUCGAGCUUUCCUCAGUGACAGCACAGCCUCCAUUUUAUCAUCCAGUCCACAUCUUAGAUUCUACGUCGCUCCCUCUUCUAUAUCGACUCAAGCCUUUGAUAUGUGUGGACGUUCCUGCCUCCCGGACAACUCACCUCUUCUCCAGUUUCCUCCUGUGCUUUGGAAAGCAUGCAGCGCUGUCUGUCAACUUUUUUAACCCGUGGACUUUUUACAAAUGAAAGCCAACGUGCAGCUCCCCCCUCCCUCCUCCCUCCUCCCCCAGGAAUCAGAGCUUGCCUGUCGUUUUGUGAGCGUGCUCGUCUUCCAUCGCUGGCACCAUCUGAAUCUCCCCUGAGACGCUUUCUGCCGGUUGCUAUGGACGAUCGCCAAACUGCAUGCCUAAAAAGGAAAAAAAACUAAACUUAAACUUAACUUGCCUGUGCUGCACAUCUUGUCGUCGUAGCUUAGCAGCCGGUGCUUCUUCGAUUCCCAACCCAUCACAAAGACUUACCGUGACAUAAUUCAAGUGCUUUAUGGGACCAAAGAUGAGCCAGGCCUUUUGUUCUCAUAGUCCCGUUCAGACAGGAAUGUCCUGGCAUGUCCUGGCAUGGCAUGGCAUGGCAUGGCCCAAGCCUAGCUACAAACCACCACCCCCUGUGCCACAUCCUCUCUUAGCGGCAACACCACUGCCUGACGCUUCCUCUGACUUGAGUCUGUUGUCCACGUUGACGUCAGGACACAGCAGCUCCUGCUUCUGAUGUCGGCACAGAACAGCGCCGAGUGUGAGUGUGCGUGUGUGUUUGUGAGAGAGUGUGUACUUUGUUUUUAAAUCCUGGUGAGGACCGUACAGUGAAGACACACCAGCCAAUAGGGAAUAGUGACAGACUGCUGAUUUCUGGAGGUUAAGACCUGGUCUUUGAGUUCAGGUUACUAUUAGAUUUAGGUUCAGGUUGACUUCUCCCCACAGGGAUAGCGGUGUACUUGUUUUUAAAUCCUAAUGGGUACCGUAACAUGAAAGUGAUCCAACGAAUGGGGGACAUGUGUCGCUCGUGGGGACAAAAUUGAGUCGCGUCAUGCUGCUGAUUGAGUUUGAAGGUAAAAAUCAGUUAUUUGGUUUCAGCUUACAAUUAGAUUUAGGUGCAGGUCAAGUUGUCCCCACAGGGACAGCGUGACAAACAUCUGUGUGUGUGUGUGUGUGUGUGCUUGCGUGAAUGUAUAUCUGUUAAAUGCAGGAGAAAAAAAGGAUUUCUGAGAAAAGGUGUGAACUAAAAAGGAGAACAGCCCUUGAGGUGAAAACACACCUUGCACUUUACUUCAUUUAAAUGUGGUAAAAAGCCUCUUAAUGGUGAAAGAACGGCGGGAGAUCGGAGGAGACGUCCUGCCAAACAACCUGUGCCAUUGCCUUGGUCCUGGCUGUGUCUCCAUUACAGGAAAACAGCGUGGGACAAACUGUAUAAUACUUUUCAAAUGGAUUACAAAUGGCAUAUUCAACCAGUACUGGUAUUACCUUUCUGUGAUGAACAACAGCAUUUAUUUCAUCCAGUUUGACCUUUGAGCACCUUGUGUCCAACAGAGGCCCAAACUGAAAAUCACAAUUUACGUAUAAUUAUUUUUUCCCUGAAAGUGCAAUUUCAUCGGGGGGGUUUUCAGUAUGUCUCAGUGUUUUUUUUUUUCUUCUCUGUCUCCGUGUUAUUGAGAAUUAAAAAUCGUAGUUUUUUUAAUGUCAUUUGAGAUAUUUUCGUUGAAUGUAAGACAGUUAUUUUAUUCAGCGCCUUUUCCGUUACUUGAACACCUUUAUAGUUCACAUCUCUGUAAAUGUGUCUUGCAUGGAUUAUUUUUUCCACUAUGUUCAUGGCCUUGUUAUUGUACUGUUCAAUUGUUACUAUACACACAUAUGAAUACGUAUAUAUACAUAUAUAUAUAUAUAUAUAUCCUUUCUAUCUGAAAAAUGAAAUGCUAGAUUUGAGCAGUCAGCAUGUCUACACUAAUGCACCUCACGUCAGUCUGACCAUAUCAAUAGUUAUAGCCUACGUCUUGUCACACAGUGAUAUAAUGAUAACGCCUUUAGCAUCAGUGAACCUUAGCGGCAGUUGUUGACUAUUUAGGUGCUAUUUAUAUUCUCUGUGCUCUGUUACGUCAUUUAUUUUGGUGUGAAAGGGACAGAAAAUGAAGUAAAAAGCUAUGUUAGAAAGUGAAGUGCCAAGUAGAGGUCGACCGAUGUGGGAUUUUUAGAAAUCAGGGCAGCUGACCUUUUGGCCCAUAUAUUUAUCCAAUUUUCUUUAUUUUUCCUAGAUCUGAUUAAUAUAACUGUUUCACGGUACAAUUUGCAGUGUUAAAGUAAGAGUUCAUUUAACACCAGAUCGGAUUAGGACCAAAUUCAUGAUGGAUAAGUAUGAAACUAAAGUAUUUAACUCUUUUUAGUAUUACUGUAACAAUUAAAUACACUCUGAAAUGAAGUUUUAAAAUGAAAUAUUUUAACAUUCAAGUCAAAUUCUACAGUGUAUUUGGUCCUUGGUGGCAAUGGUGUUAAACCGACUAUUUUGGUGUUACUUUAAUGUUGUAAAAUAGAUUUUUAAUAACAAGUUAUUGUCAAACACUAAUCGUCUGUCUUGCAAUAUAUUUUGUUUUUGCACUUCAGUGCAGUUAUAUACAGUAUUUUUUUAAUAAAAAAAUUAUGUACAAACUACAUAUUAAAUACAUGAAAUAGGUCAACAAAAACAAAACUUUCGGAUGAAAAAAGUAAAGUUUCAGUGAGAAACAAUUUGUAAUUUGUAAGAAUCAGGCAAUGCCGGUCAUCAAAAAAUGGCAAACAUCGACCCGAUGAAUCGGUCUACCUCUAAUGCCAAGUUGUGUAAAGCAAAGUUUUUAUUAACCGACCAGAAAAGAAGGAAAACCAUUUUCCCUUCCUUUCUCCUCUCCUCACUCAGUACCGCUGAAGUCUUAACUGCUCUAGUGGAGCCCUCUAUUGGUCAGCUAUUUGUACAGAGCAGCUUUCAGGUGUGACUGUUGUGUAAACUCUAAUCCCCCUCACAGGUCAGUACUGUUCAUAUUUACAAAAUCUGCUUUCUAUGGGGAUGGGAUUGACGGGCGAGAGAUUAUCGCAGGAUGAAAAUGAGAGCACACAGAUUAGGGAGCAGCUUGUGUUUGUCAUGGAUGUCAGUUGUGUUUGACUCGCAGAGCUAAACAUCUGCUUUGCCGCCACCACCCC